CAUCCCAAAACCCCCUCCUCCAGACUCUCCCCCAUCUCUAUACCCCCUCUCCUGUCUCGCUACCUCUUUCAUAACCUCUGCUGCGAGUGUCAAGGAAAGAUGGAGCGAUCUCUGCUUGUGGCUCUUCUGUGUGUGUGGGCCCUCAGCAGUCUGUCUGCAGCAUCAGUGGAUGCAAAAGAACAGUGUCCCGAGAGAAUACUGGGUAACGAGAGAAGACAAACAUGCCCAAAAAAGUGUCAGCAAGAUAAAGAUUGUGGAAACAAGCGUCAGUGUCUCUGCGAUGGCCAGUGCGGACUCAGCUGUGUGGCACCAGGUCGUACAUGUCCAUGGCCUCUCCCACCUGGAAACAAUUUUGAUUUAGCUCUCCUUUCCCCUUCACCCUCUUUCUCGGCUCUGCUUGAGGUUCGCUGUAAGUCUGGGUUCACCAUGCAGAAUGGGCUGGACGCUACAUUACGCCGUUGCCAAGGUGACCGACAGUGGAGUGGAGAUGAACCUGUUUGUACAGCCUCCCCAGGAGGAGGUCUUGCAGCAGAGCCAGUUCUGGUGCCUGAGGUGUCCUGUUCUUUGCCUGAUGAUGAUGAUCUGCUCUCCGUGCAGGGCAAUGCCACCGUAGGAUCCACCAUCCAGUACCAGUGUGCACCUGGAUCUGUGCUGAUAGGAAAUAGUGAGAAUAUCUGUGAUGAGAACCAGAUGUGGCAAUACCCUCACCCCUUUUGUCGCCGUGUGGUUUGUCCUCCUCCUAAGGAAGUUGAGCGUGGACAUCUGGUGGCCGUCCAGAGAACUGAAUAUGAAGUUGGAGGUACAAUCUAUUACCUCUGCAAAAAGAACUUCUUGCUGGAUGGACCAAAUCAAGUGACUUGUCUACCUAAUGGGACAUGGAGUGCAGAGCCUGCCUGCCGGGCCCGCUGUCCAGUCCCUGCUCAACGCAGCAGGGUGAUCGUGGGAGGGGUAAAGCGCUGGCCAUAUGAUCUGACGGAUGGAGUGGUUGCUCAUGGAGAGAAUGUGACAUUUUUCUGUAAACAUCCAGAAAAACUGUGCAGCUUCACUGCCACAGAGGUCUGUGUGGAUGGACAGCUCAUGCAACCUAGCUGCUAUCUUGACCCUACCUGGCUGCAGUUCAAGCUCUUUCCUCAUCGCCUGGUUUCAGAGAUUAAUCCAUGUGAUCCUGCUGACCUUCAGUAAACUCAUCAACUUUUGACAACACAUAUUGCAUGUUGGCACACACAGCUCUCUCUUCACUCUGACACCAUGACCUGGAGUCUGGAUCAACAUAAAUUGCCUUAUUAAUAUGCCAACUAUAUCUGUUUUGGAUUUGAUCUCUGUAGGAUCUCACAGUUAUGCCUCACAUAAUGCUUCUCUUUCCUGUGUUGUAUGCUGCAUUGACAAAGUUAUAUAUGCAAACAUCCUCAUACUUGCUUGAGGUCUUGUUUUCCAUUAACUGCUCUCUCUUUUCUUGUGUUUUGUUGUCAUACAAAGUGAUUUUUUAGAGGCAGUAUUUGUGUGGAUUUUAUUAUAAUAUUUUAUUUCUUUGUUUAUUUUGGCUAACUAAUAUGUUUGUCAAACCAACAACCACGAAUGCACAAAAGCAGAUAUGUUUAGAGUUAACUGAUCUUUGACUGGACUGCUUGAUUGGAUUACAUAAAGAAUACUUGGGAAUGUAGCAUAAAAUAAUUAUUGCAUUGUGUGAACAGAGGAAAUCAUCUCUGAAUGUAUAUUCCUCUUGUAAUGUCAUGAUUCUUCAAUAAAGAAUCUGGAAAGUU